AGGGCUGUUUGUGUGAAACUAGAGACCCAGAAGGACUGCGGUGUCAACAGGGUGACUUUGUGUUUGUUUUGUCCUCUUAUAGUACACCUCGUUUCGGGAAAAUCGUUUUAAAAAGUAAAAUCAGUCCGACAUGCAGCCCGCGUGCGGUUUAUGGGAGAAUCACAGGUGAAGAAGCUGUGUGUUUUUCCACUCAUAUGAACUGGCGGAUCCAGGACACAAUGAGAGAUGCAGAGCAGGUGCUGACUCUGGUGUGGCUCCUCUGCGGGAUCCCACACAGCAUGUGUCAUUCUCCACCAGGGAGGCCUAGACUAACAAGAUGCCGAUCGCCUGAGAAAGAGACUUUCAGUUGCUGGUGGGAGACUGGAUCAAGCGGUGGACUGCCAACCAGAUACCAGCUCUAUUACAGAAAAGAGAACUCUUUGGAAGUCUUUGAAUGCCCGGAUUACCACAAGGCUGGAAUCAAUUCCUGUCAUUUUGAGAAGCGCCACACUGCUAUUUGGAUCAUAUACAACAUUACCGUGGUGGCCUCUAAUGCACUAGGAAAAGCCUAUUCAGAGCCUGUGGAAGUUGAUGUUAUGGAUAUCGUGCAGCCUCAUCCUCCAGAGAGCGUGAAUGUGAGUUUGAUGCAGAGCCAGAACAGUCAGUAUGUGCUGGUGAAGUGGCUGCCUCCGCAUGAUGUCGACACGCGCUCCGGAUGGGUAACCAUCAAAUAUGAAGUUCGCUCAAAGAUCCUGAACAGCAGAGACGAGGAGGACAGCAGUUGGGAGUCAUAUAGUGCUGGAAAACAGUUGGAGUUUAGCAUCUACAGUCCUCACCCGGGAACAAACUAUGUGGUAGACGUGCGCUGCAAACUUGACCAAGGACUCUGGAGCGACUGGAGCCCCUCAGUUUUCAUCCAGAUCCCAGACAAUAUGACUGUCAUGCAGAAUACAGUUGUGAUCUGUGCCGUCACACUAACUGUUGUCAUUUUCAUGCUGACGGCAGGAGUAAUGACCUUUAAGAAGACACAGGUGAAGCAUUUUCUGCUGCCACCAGUUCCAGAACCAAAGAUCAGCGGCUUAAAUACUCAGCUCCUAAAGAGCGGGAGGUCUGAGGAGAUCUUCAGUGCUCUGAUUACACCAGGAUUAUAUCCGCAAAUAUCCCAGAGCACGGACCAUCAAGUGGAGUAUCUGGUGGUGUCCGACUGUGAUGAAGAAAUGACUGUGGGCAAAGCUCAUUUUGAGAUCCAUAAGGCAGAAAUCUGUCUUAUAGACGCUACAGAAAGCAGCAAAGGGAACGGCGUUGUCUUUGGAGAGCCCCAAAAGCCACUUCACCUUAACUGCAGUGUAACAGCUCAUGACCGAAACACUGGAAUGAGCUCCGAAUGCAAAUGUGAGCACGUCGACAUCACGUCUGCCGGACCUACGGGGUAUGUUGAGGUCGACAGAGAGCAACCAGACCAGAAGGACUACAGUGUGGUCAGUGAUGUUAUAAAUGACAAUAUGCUUGUACUACAAGACAGCAUCCCUGUACAGGAACACAAAGAGGUCAAAUGUAAAAAAAAAUAUGUCUUGAAUUGAA